GAUAUACCCUUUUGCUGUCCCUCUGCAACGACGUGAAACCGCGAGACAAAACCGGAGCUGACCACUCUUCGGACCCCCAUAAACAGGCUUCCGGACUUCAGCACGAUGCCUUGCGGCCCAGAACUUCUCCAUGCCCGCCCUCUCCCCGACCAUGACGGAGGGCAGCAUCGCCAGCUGGAAGGUCAAGGAGGGCGAGUCAUUCUCCGCCGGCGACGUGCUCCUCGAGAUCGAGACGGAUAAGGCCACCAUGGACGUCGAGGCCCAGGACGACGGCGUCAUGUUCAAGAUCACCACCGGCGACGGCGCCAAGGCCGUCCAGGUCGGCACCCGUAUCGCCGUCAUCGCCGAGCCCGGUGACGACCUCUCCUCUCUCGAGGUUCCCGCCGAAGACAACACCUCCUCCUCCUCGAAGCCCGCUCCCGCCGCCGAGAAGCCGGCGCCCAAGAGCGACGGCCCCGCGGCGUCAUCGGCCCCAUCGCAGCAAAAGGGCGGCGCGGCCAAGACCUCCGGAUCCAAGGCCCGCGAGCAGCGAUACCCCCUCCUCCCCUCCGUCCAGGCUCUCGUCAAUGGCCACGGCCUCGACAAGGACGCCGUCAACCAGAUCGAGCCCACGGGCCCCAACGGCCGCCUCCUCAAGGGCGACGUCCUCGCCUACCUCGGCACCAUCAACGCUGAAACCCCCUCCAAGAUCAUGGACCGCGCCGUCAAGAUGUCCCACCUCGACCUGAGCAACAUCAAGGUCGCGCCCAAGAAGGAGGCCCCCGCUCCCAAGAAGGUCGAGGCAGCCCCCGCGCCCGCCGCCCCCGUCGACUCUGAGGUCGCCCUCCCCAUUUCCCUCGCAAAGGUCCUCGAGGCCCAGAAGCGCAUCCAGUCCACCCUCGGCGUAUUCAUGCCCGUCUCCACCUUUGUCGCCCGCGCCGCCGAGGUCGCCAACGACGACCUGCCCCCCUCGGCCCGCAAGGCCACCACCGACGAGCUCUUCAACCAGGUCCUCGGCCUCGACAAGCUGGCGCCCCGCGGCUCGCGCGGAUACUACCUGCCCCAGAUCUCCGCCCUGCCCGAGUCUUCGCUCCUGGCGCCCCGCGCGUCCAAGAGAUCGUCCUCGGCUGAUAUUAUCGAUUUCCUCGCCGCGCCCGCCAAGAAGGCUGUCCCCGCUAAGAAGCCGGUCGCUGCUCACCACACCCCUGGCAUGUCGUCGGGAAGCAACCUGUUCACCGUGACGGUGCCGCAGGGCGAUGAGAAGCGCGCCAAGGUGUUCUUGGAGAGGGUCAAGGUGAUUUUGGAGGAGGAGCCUGGCAGACUUGUUCUGUGAGUUGCUGUACUUGUGAGGAAGAAAUAGACGGAGACGCCUUGGGAGACCCCGUGGAUUUUGGUGGAGAACAUGAGAACGAAAUAUUCAUCAUCACCAAACUGAGGAGACUGAUAGAGAUCUUUUU